AUGGGACCGGAGCGUGAGGUCAUCGGUGCGAAGUGUCUCGCGUGUGGCGGCAAGCUGGCUCUCCCCUCGGAUCCCCUGUCCUUGCUUUCGCAGAUCAAGAUGCUCAUGGGCCAGCUCAAGGAGGACUUCCCAGAGCGCGCGGCGGUGGACAGCUCAGUGGAGGCCAACGAGGCUCAGCAGGCAUUGGAGAAGAACGAACGCACUGUGGCAUCUCUCGACAAGCAGAUCAGUGAUGCGCAGGCUCGCUACCCCGAGCUGGCGGCCAAGGUGGCCGACCUGCCGCCGCCCCCGCAGGCGGCGGAGCUCCAAGGUCACAUGUCCGACUUUGACUCCGCGUUGGCGUCGGGCGACCUGGAGGCAAUCCGCGAGGGCUGGGCCAAGCUCAAGCCGAGCUGCGAGACUUUUGCCCAAGGGCCGCAGCCUGCCAGCGGAGCUGGCGGAGCUGCAGCUGACGAGGGGGACGCGUCCGCGAAGGGGCGCGGCGCAUGGAAGCCCCACGCCGAGCGCAAAGGCGCCGAGCCACCCGGGACUCUCAUCCCGCCCGCAGCAUCGGCGUACCUGCUCUCGCGGCCUGGCAGAGAGGGGGUCGCGUGGCCCAGAGCUGUGCCCGCGGCCGUGCCCGCCCGCGGCGGGUCGCCGCGGCCAGCGUCGCCCGCGGCGGAGCGGCGGAUGGCUGCCGCGGAGGGGCCCGCCGCGGCGACGCCCGCCGGCGGCGGAGCGCCCGCGGCUGCCGAGCCCGGCGAGGCGGAGGCCGCGCGCCCGCUGGCAGCGGCUGCCGGGCCUGCCGAGUCGGCGGCCGACGACGAGGGCGCGCGGCCCGGCAAGCGGCCCCGGGUGCUGGACGCCCGUGCGGAGUGCCAGGCCGGACGCCCGUUGGGAGGGCCCCGGACGAGCGCGGCAGCAGCUGCCCGUGCUGGCUGUGGGGCGACCCCGAGCGCGCCUUCGGCUGGUGGACAACGCUCGCCAGGAGUCGCGGUCCACAGGCCGCCGCCGCCCUCGCCCGCCGCGCCCGCCCGGCAGACGGCGCGCAAGAAGCACCAGAGGGCCGUGAAGAAGGGGCUGAAGCGCCAGGCCCAGCAGGUCCUGGAAAACGCCAUCGAGCAGCUCCCCGCGCCCACGCCCGACGCCGCGCCGCCGCCCGCGCAGCCCCCGCGCCCGCC